GUCUAACCCCUCUAUUGCUCAUAAUUCGAGUCGUUUCGCCUCCAUACUUCUUCCCCUCUUCCUCUCUUCCUCCUGCUUAAUGCCCCUCUCUCCCUUCCUCCACCCUCGUUUUACCUUAUCCUUCCGUAGUGUCUCCACUGUCCAGAGAUCGCUCUUUACUUCUCACCUGUUGAUUUUUUCUAGAUCCAUGGCUACCGCGCGCGAGCAGCCACCAUGGCGCCAGCCAACUUUGCAGGCGGAGGCGCAAUCGGGUCUGCCAGCUCUAAAAAUCUUCAAUUCGCUGACGCGAUCGAAGAAUUCCUUUGUCCCCAUUGAUCCGGCAGGGAAGAAGGUGACCUGGUAUUCCUGCGGCCCGACUGUAUACGACGAUUCGCAUCUGGGCCAUGCCAGGAACUACGUCAGCACCGACAUUAUUCGGCGUAUUAUGCGGGACUACUUCCAAUUCGACGUCCACUUUGUUAUGAACAUUACUGAUGUUGACGACAAGAUUAUCCUCCGCGCACGCCAACAGCAUUUGUUUACGAAAUUCGCAACGACCAAUCCUACCGUUAACGAGACUGUUAUCGAUACCGCGAAGAAGGCAUAUACCGCUUAUUUGAAGAAAAACCUGCCGCUCCUGAGCCCUGACCUCCCUCCUGCCCAAUACCAACAAGAGGUGGAAAGGGCAUAUGCGGUUGUGUUGAGUGGAGGACCCCUUCCUGGCAACGAGAAGGCUGGCGAUGAUGAAGCUAAGGUUAAAAUGCACGUCAAGACCGUGCUGUCGGCGACAAAGGUUAUUGUGGAGGCGGAGAAGUCACAGACGAUCCUUGCGGAGCGCUUUUACUCGGAUGCACAAGACCUCCUCCUCCCCUAUCUGGAUGCUCUUGAGGGAUCUUCAAUUGACGCGGACGAUCACUCAAUUUUUACAAAGUUGACAAGGAAAUACGAAGACCGAUUCAUGAAUGAUAUGGACGAUCUCAACGUCCUGAGACCGGAUGAGCUGACCAGAGUAACCGAGUACGGCCCCGAGAUUGCUGAUUUCGUAGAGAAAAUUGUUGAAAACAAGUUCGGCUACGUUGCAGAUGAUGGCUCUGUGUAUUUCGACAUCAGCGCCUUUGAGGCGGCUGGCUUCCCUUACGCGCGACUUGAGCCCUGGAGUCGUUCCGACAACAAGCUCCUUGCCGAAGGAGAAGGUUCCCUGGCCAGCAAGACUACGGAGAAACGCUCCAAAUCCGACUUUGCUUUGUGGAAGGCCUCCAAACCUGGUGAGCCGAGCUGGUCAAGCGCCUGGGGCCGUGGUAGACCCGGAUGGCACAUCGAAUGUUCCGCCAUGGCCUCCGCCCGUCUUGGGAAGCAGAUGGACAUCCACUCCGGCGGUAUCGAUCUGGCAUUCCCUCACCACGACAACGAACUAGCGCAGAGUGAGGCGUAUUGGGCGCAUGGUCACUGCCAGGGUGACCAGUGGGUUAACUACUUCCUGCACAUGGGUCACUUGUCUAUCCAAGGCUCUAAGAUGUCCAAGUCUCUGAAGAACUUCACUACCAUCCGCGAGGCCCUGGAGAAGAAGGAAUGGACCCCUAGAAGCUUGAGAAUUGUGUUCCUCCUCGGUGGGUGGAAGGAGGGCGUCGAAAUCACCGAUGAUCUUGUUAGCGCUGGCAACUCGUGGGAGGACAAGGUGAACAACUUUUUCAUCAGAGUCAAAGACCCAGCCGCGUUCCAAAACGCCGCCUCCGCCACCGAUUCUAGUCUCGCCGACGCCUUGGAGGCAGCUAAGACUACCGUUCACGAGCACUUGUGCGAUUCCUUCUACACACCCGGCGUGAUGGCCGCAAUUUCGGAGCUCAUUACAAAGUACAACAGCGCGGAUAAGUCCACUCUAAACCCCAAGGAUGUUGAGGCUGUUGCUAGAUGGAUUACUUUCAUCGUCAAUAUGCUUGGUCUGAACGGCCAGUCUGCUGCCAACAGCCAGGAGAUCGGUUGGAGUGGUAUUGAUAUCCCGGAGGCAUCGAAACCAUUCCUGUAUCCCCUUUCUGCCAUGCGUGAUUCUUUGCGACAAGCCGCUCGGGCCAAGACCAUCAGCGCCGAGGAGGUUGCUAACAUUCUCACGCGUGGAGUGACCCCCGAGUCUCUCCAGAUUACGGAAGCCACACAGCCUUAUGCUUCCGUGCUGUCCGAUUUCCGCACCAAGGUUUCUUCGCUAGAGGAGUCUCAGAACAUCGGCAAGGAAGUCCUCACACUUUGCGAUCGCGUCCGGGAUAUUGACCUGUUCGAUCUCGGUGUUUAUCUCGAGGACCGCGAAAACCUUCCGGCUAUCGUCCGCCCGGUGAGCCGGGAUCUCAUCCAAGCGCGGGAGGAGAAGGCAGCACAGGCACUUCAAAAGCAAAAGGAGAAAGAAGCCAAAGAGAAGGAGGCCCAGAAGCGGCUCGAGAAGGGCAAGUUGAGCCACCUGGAAAUGUUCCGCACAAAUGAGUACAGCGCGUGGGAUGAAGAGGGUGUACCUACUCGCGAGGCUGCAGGCGAAGAGAUCACUAAGAGCAGGGCAAAGAAGCUCCGGAAGGACUGGGAGAGGCAAAAGAAGCUUCAUGAGACGUGGCUGGCAAGUCAGCAAGGCAGUGCAUAGAUGUCUGGUCUGUAAGAAAAGUUCGGGGGGGUUCCAUAUCUUAUCCGUGCAUGAGAUGGCGUUGGAUUGUUCUAGUUUUGUUUUUGUUUUUUUUUGACCAGCAACAUGAUUAUAUCCAGGGC